AUGGUGGACUCUCGCAUUCAGCAGGCCAUCGCGGAUGGGAAUGUCCCACCGGGCAUCACGGCCGAAUACUUGGGCGAAAGCCGUGACCGACCGUCGAUUAUCGGCAUCGUCUUCGUCACGGCCCUGACGUUUCUGGUCGUAGUCACACGGCUGAUAUCUCGAUCGUAUAUCGUGCAGCGUAUUGGCAUUGACGAUGUGCUGGCCGCAGUGUCACUGGCCCUGUUGAUAUGCUUCGUUGGAUUAAGCAUUGAGCUCAUCAACCUGGGCUCCGGCAGGCAUUUUGCCUUUAUAGAAUACGUGCUGGAUGUCCCCACGGUGCUUCGGACGCAGGUGCUGGAUUUCGUCGCGCAUAUCCUCUACACGACGGCCCUCUUGCUAUGCCGUGUAUCCGGUCUGGCAUUCUACUACAGAGUCUGCGGGCUUCACAACAACUUCCUCAUCGCCAUCAAGGUUGUCUUUUGCAUCCUGGUCGCCGGCUUCCUGCCCCAGAUCUUCCUGCUCAUCUUCCACUGUAAACCGGUGACGGGCUAUUGGCCGUACGGAUGGGAGCCUGUUGCUCCUCGCUAUACCUGCCUGCAAUGGGGUAUAGUUUACAGCGUCAACUCCUCGGUGUCCCUCCUCUGCGACUUGCUUCUAUUCGGCAUUCCCAUUGCGAUGCUGCGGACAUUGGAGAUGUCUCGUAAGCGUAAGAUUCAGCUGGCCGGCAUUCUGCUGCCGGGUGUCGCAGUCAUUGCGAUAUCGAUUGCUCGACUGGUCCUCGUCAUCCUCGGACAGUGGGAAACGGACGAAUCAUGGUCAUACGAUCCCAUGCUGGGCGUCGAGGCAUCCGAGAUAGGGGCGACUCUCAUCGCCCUCUCCGUCCCUGGAGCCAAGCCGCUGUUCGACAAGAUCGUCUUCAAAAAGGACGAUUCACAGACGAGCGGCGCGUCCCACUAUGGACGCAAAACCAGCUCUUUUCGCUCUCGAGGCACUGCUCUGAGCAACCUGCGAUUCCAGACCAACAGCCAGCACAGCAUACUGGGGAGCGAACAGGAGGAGGGCCAAAAGUACGGCGCUGAGACUUCGGCUAUGGCUGGCAGCAGGCAUGGCGAAGGCGGCGACGGAAUCUACGUUCAGGUCGACUUUGAUAUCAAAGAGGCUCGAGUGAAUACGACCACACCGAGCCUGAAUAGCCGAUAG